UUGUUUUCCUGUAUAACAUUUACAACUUUCUCUAUUCUUGUUUUGUAUGAUAAUGGGAGCUCAAGACACUGCAGCUCUAGAAACACAGUCCACAGAGGAAAACACCAACCAGCCAUCUCCUCUCCGUAAAAUCAUCUCCGUCGCUUCCAUCGCCGCCGGUAUACAGUUCGGGUGGGCCCUACAGCUCUCUCUCCUCACUCCUUACGUACAACUUCUCGGUAUCCCUCACAAAUGGUCCUCUCUCAUCUGGCUAUGCGGUCCCAUCUCCGGCAUGAUCGUUCAACCCAUCGUAGGCUUCUACAGCGACAGAUGCACGUCAAGAUUCGGUCGCCGACGUCCUUUCAUCGCCUCCGGAGCCGCCUUGGUCGCCGUGGCCGUGUUCUUGAUCGGUUACGCUGCUGACAUCGGUUAUAAAUGGGGAGACAAGCUCGAGAAAACGCCGAGGGUUCGAGCCAUAGCGAUCUUCGCUUUCGGGUUCUGGAUCCUCGACGUGGCGAACAACACUCUCCAAGGCCCAUGUCGCGCUUUCUUGGCCGACUUAUCCGCGGGUGACGCUAAAAGAACGCGAGUCGCAAACGCGUUUUUCUCUUUCUUUAUGGCGGUUGGAAACGUUUUGGGAUACGCGGCUGGUUCUUACAAGAACCUACACAAAAUGUUCCCGUUCGCGAUGACAAACGCUUGCGAUAUAUAUUGCGCGAAUCUCAAAAGCUGCUUCUUCUUGUCUAUAACACUUCUUCUCAUCGUCACCGUCACGUCUCUUUGGUACGUUAAAGAUAAACAAUGGUCUCCUCCACCGGUUAACCCUGGCGAGGUGAGGACUAAAGGAGUUCCUUUCGUUGGAGAAAUAUUUGGAGCAUUUAAAGUCAUGAAACGUCCCACGUGGAUGCUUUUGAUCGUAACGGCGCUUAACUGGAUCGCAUGGUUCCCGUUUCUUUUGUUCGAUACUGAUUGGAUGGGACGUGAAGUGUACGGUGGGAGUUCAGAAGGAAACGAUAGAAUGAAGGAACUGUAUAACUUAGGAGUACAUUCUGGUGCGUUAGGACUUAUGUUUAACUCUAUUGUUCUUGGUUUCAUGUCACUUGGUGUUGAGUGGAUUGGUAAGAAAGUUGGUGGUGCUAAACGGCUUUGGGGAAUUGUGAACUUUAUUCUUGCUGUUGGUUUGGCCAUGACGGUUCUUGUUACAAAGUUGGCGGCGGAUUAUCGGAAAACCGCCGGUCCUUAUGCUGGACCGUCUCCUGGUAUUAGAGCUGGAGCGUUGAGUCUCUUUGCUGUUCUUGGUAUACCAUUGGCUAUUACUUUCAGUAUUCCAUUUGCACUGGCCUCCAUAUUUUCAAGCAGCUCCGGCGCCGGCCAAGGACUUUCUUUAGGAGUUUUAAAUUUGGCGAUUGUGAUACCACAAAUGAUAGUAUCACUAGGAGGAGGACCUUUCGACGCCCUCUUUGGUGGUGGAAACCUACCGGCAUUUGUAGUGGGAGCAAUCGCAGCGGCGAUCAGUGGAGUAUUAGCGUUAACCGUUUUACCUUCACCGCCACCGGACGCACCUGCCUUGAAGCCAGGAGCCAUGGGAUUCCAUUAG